AUGGGCGAGGGCGGGCUGCCCCCGGCCUUCCAGCUGCUACUACGCGCCUGCGACCAGGGCGACACGGAGACGGCGCGGCGGCUGCUGGAGCCGGGGACGACGGAACCGGCCGAGCGCGGCGCGGAGCCUGAGGCGGGCGCGGAGCCGGCGGGGGCCGAGGCAGCCGGGACCGGGGCGGCGGCAGCUGGAGCGCCGGUGCCAGUGGACUGCUCCGACGAGGCAGGCAACACGGCGCUACAGUUCGCGGCGGCCGGGGGCCACGAACCGCUGGUGCGCUUCCUGCUGCGCCGCGGAGCCUCGGUCAACAGCCGCAACCACUACGGCUGGAGCGCGCUCAUGCAGGCGGCCAGGUUUGGGCACGUGAAUGUGGCACACCUCCUUUUGGAUCACGGGGCCGAUGUCAAUGCCCAGAACCGGCUGGGGGCCAGUGUGCUCACUGUGGCCUCCCGGGGUGGCCAUCUGGGUGUGGUGAAACUGCUCCUGGAAGCUGGGGCCUUCGUGGACCAUCACAACCACUUGGGCGAGCUGCCGGUGAUGGGGAGCAGCAGGGAUGAGCCACUGGACAUCACAGCCCUGAUGGCCGCCACCCAGCAUGGGCAUGAGGCCGUGGUGCGCCUGCUGAUGGAGUGGGGUGCGGACCCCAACUACGCAGCCAGGACUGUGGGCUGGAGCCCGCUGAUGCUGGCCGCGCUCACUGGGAGGCUCGGUGUGGCCCAGCUGCUGGUGGAGAAGGGAGCCAGCGCCGACCACCUCAGUGUGCUGGAGAAGACUGCCUUCGAGGUCGCGCUUGACCACAAGCACAGGGACCUCGUAGACUACCUGGACCCACUGACCACUGUCAGGCCCAAAACAGAUGAGGAGAAAAGACGACCUGAUAUUUUCCACGCAUUGAAAAUGGGAAACUUCCAGCUGGUCAAAGAGAUUGCCGAUGAAGACCCCAACCACGUGAACCUGGUCAACGGGGACGGCGCGACCCCCCUGAUGCUGGCAGCAGUCAUGGGGCAGCUGCCUCUGGUGCAGCUGCUGGUGGAGAGGCACGCCGACGUUGACAAGCAGGACAGUGUGCACGGCUGGACGGCCCUCAUGCAGGCCACCUACCACGGGAAUAAGGAAAUUGUCAAGUACCUGCUAAACCAAGGGGCUGACGUCACCCUUCGUGCAAAAAAUGGGUACACGGCCUUUGACCUAGUGAUGCUGCUGAAUGAUCCCGACACGGAACUUGUUCGACUGCUGGCAUCUGUCUGCAUGCAGGUGAAUAAAGACAAAGGCCGGCUCAGCCACCAGCCGCCCCCGCCCCUCUCGAAGGUCCGACAGCCCUGGAGCAUCCCAGUGCUGCCCGAUGACAAGGGCGGGCUGAAGUCCUGGUGGAACCGAAUGUCCAAUCGUUUCCGAAAGCUCAAACUGAUGCAGACGCUGCCCCGCGGGCUGUCUAGCAACCAGCCUUUGCCUUUCUUUGAUGAGCCUGCUCUGGACUCCACAAUGAGGGCAGCCCCCCAGGACAAGACAAGCCGCUCUGGGCUCCCCGAUGCAGCCCACAUGACCAAAGACAAUGGUCCUGGGAGCACGAGAGGAGAAAAGGAGGAUGCGUUAUUGACAACCAUGCUUCGAAACGGAGCCCCCUUCACCAGACUCCCGAGUGACAAGCUGAAGGCAGUCAUCCCCCCCUUCUUACCCCCUUCCAGUUUUGAACUGUGGAGCUCUGAUCGGUCCCGGACCUGCCACAAUGGGAAGUCAGAUGCCAUGAAGACUGUGCUGCCCCAGAGAGCCAGCAGGGGCCACCCUGUGGGCGGCGGGAGCACAGACACCGCUCCAGUCAGGCCCGUUAAGUUUCCAAGUCUCUCCAGAAGCCCAGCCUCUCCUGCCAGUUCCGGAAACGUGAACCACUCACCCCAUUCCUCAGGCGGCUCCAGCGGGGUAGGGGGCGUAAGCAGGCACGGUGGGGAGCUGCACAGCCGCUCAGGUGGCAGCAUAGACAGCGUAUUGUCCCAAAUCGCUGCCCAGAGGAAAAAAGCAGCCAGAUUAUCUGAGCAGAAGUCCAGCCAUCGGUCAAGUCCUGUGGGACCAGCGCCAGGGUCCAGCCCGUCUGAGCUUCCAGUCUCCCCUGCAGGUGGCAGCAUUCCCGGUGGCAAGAAACUGGAGACCAGCACAAGGCCUCCGUCCGGAACUUCCACUACCUCCAAAAGCACCUCCCCCACCCUCACGCCCUCCCCGUCACCCAAAGCGCACACAGCCGAGUCCUCAGUGUCCUCCUCCUCGUCCCAUCGGCAGUCCAAGAGCAGCGGGGGCUCCAGCAGUGGCACCAUCACGGACGAGGAUGAACUGACUGGAAUCCUUAAGAAAUUAUCACUUGAGAAGUAUCAGCCUAUUUUUGAGGAACAAGAGGUGGAUAUGGAAGCCUUCCUCACGCUGACUGACGGCGACUUGAAGGAGCUGGGCAUCAAGACAGACGGGUCCAGGCAGCAGAUUCUGGCAGCCAUUUCCGAACUGAACGCAGGCAAGGGACGCGAGAGACAAAUUUUACAGGAAACCAUUCACAACUUCCACUCUUCCUUUGAGAGCAGUGCCAGCAACACCAGGGCUCCUGGCAGCAGCCCCUCUAUGGCAGGGUGGGUGAGGCCGGAAGAAGUCACCUCCAGCAAGAGGUAGCAGCAGCUGAGAUGGCUCUGCUGGCAUCAGAGCCAGAGCCUGGGCAACA